UACUAACGCUCGUUUUAAAUUACCGCGUCAGCCGGUAGUACGGAGUUAGCACGUCUCCGAGUGGAGGGCUGCUUGCGGAGUCACCGCCCCGCCGUGUGUGAUGUUCAAGUUAGUGCUACUGCUCCUGGCACUGUCAGGCCUCCAAGCUGUCCCAAUCAAAACCCCUAGAGGUUUGCAGAAGUCAUCAAGUGAUGUCCAUCAAUCUGUUCCUGAUGGCUCUAGACAAGCCAAUGCUGAUGUUCCGGUCCAAAGGAGUGGUGGUAGUUGGGUCCGUGUGGAAAAUCCUUCUCAUCUCCCAGAUGGUUUCAGGCAGGGAACCGAACCCUCUAUGAAAGUCAGAGAUGGCUUCAGGCAGGGAACCGAACCCUUUAUGAAACUCAGAGAUGGCUUCAGGCAGGGAACCGAACCCUUUAUGAAACUCCGAGAUGGCUUCAGGCAGGGAACCGAACCCUUUAUGAAACUCNGAGAUGGCUUCAGGCAGGGAACCGAACCCUUUAUGAAACUCCAAGAUGGUUUCAGACAGGGAACCGAACCAUUUCUGCCUCUCCAAAGAGGCUUCAGACAGGGAACCGAGCCCUUUUACAGCUUCAUCCAAAGACCAAAAGUGGCAUGUCAGGGGGAGAUUAUCAACAACAAGUGCUAUGAGUUCAACCCUACACCGCUGUCCUUCAAGGAUGCUCAGGCCAAAUGCAGAACUCUUGCCCCACAUGCCGAGCUUGCUUCUGUAACCAGUGGUGAUCUGCAUUCCCAUUUGAUUUCCCUGGUGACCAAGGGUGGUAAGAAGAGCCCUGUGCUAACCUGGCUGGGAGCCACAGUCACGAACCAAGAGGCCUCAUGGGUGGACGGGUCUGAGUGGGGUUUUAGCGACUGGAUGCCAGGCCACCCCAACAUUCACACUGACAAACCUGUCUGUGUGGAGAUGUUUGAGCUAGACAACAGCCGGUGGACUACUGCCAACUGUGAUCUGAAGAGAGCGUCCAUCUGUACGUACAUGAUUCCUACGUAAGAAAAAUCGCAAAGAAGCAACGUGAGACGGGCUCGCGGGUAUCAUUUCCUACGAUACCUUUGUGUUACCUGCCACAAGCUGAUUGCGCAUUCUUGAAUAAAAACACAGCAUAUUA